CAUGUGGAGCAGAUCUCAAACAGGACCUUUGCUUUGGGCAGUUUGAGUCACCUUCUAGUUUUUCUGGACAGACAGCUGUGAUGUGUUGAAGGGAAGCAGACGUUACAGGACUUCAGCUGGACCUCCAGCUGGACCUCCAGCUGGACCUCCAGCUGGACCUCACUACAUGAGUUGUGAUGCAGUGACAGGAGGAACUACUUUCUGUCUCCCUGCAGAUCUUAAAAACAUGGAAUCCGAGAUGAGCCGCAACAUGAGCAAAAUGUGGAGCGACAAGAUGCCCCAGGGACUGGACUUGGAGAUUUCACAUCAUCCUCUCACCAUGAGGCAGGUCGCCAACCUCGUCAUCGCCAUGGAGAGGCUGAAGGCCAGCACGUCGGAGACGGUGCUGAGCACCGACUUCAGAGACGAAAACCUGCUCAGCAUCAUGCUGGACAGCAUCGUGGAAGAGCGAAUUGUGUUCGAGAGAAGCACAGUUCCACUCGAUCAGUUCAGCAGAACCGGCGUGCACCAGUGCAGCGUGACCGACUCCCAGAAGAGGAGCUUAGUUCUGGUCCAGAACAGCAUGGAGCUCCACGCAGUGAUGCUGCAGGGAGGCAGCGACAACCGCAAAGUUCACCUGAACAUGUCCACCUACGUGCACCCGACCCCCAGCACCGAGGCCCGGCCCGUGGCUCUGGGCAUCAAGGACUCGAACCUCUACCUGUCUUGCCACAAGGACGGUGAUGAGCCCCCAACCCUGCACCUGGAGGAGGUGACAGACAAAGACAGCCUGUUGAGAAUCAGCUCAGAGAGCGAGAUGGUGCGAUUUCUCUUCUACAAACGGGACAGUGGGCUGAACAUCAGCACCCUCAUGUCUGCCCGCUUCCCUGACUGGUACAUCAGCACAGCGCAGCAGGACAACAAGCCGGUGGAGAUGUGCCAGGAGAUCGCCCCGCGCUACAGAGCCUUCAACAUCCAGCGUCAGAGUUAAACCUGCUACAGACAGAGAGUGGAUCUGCAUCUGGGGGUCAAGUUUGACCGUCUGAAGAAAACGUUUUUGCACUGAAGAGUGUAAAAUAUACUGCACUUGAGCUAUUUGAAAGAAUCAAGAUGAAGAAGAAGCAGGAGUUUGUGUUUACUGUAUGUACCGGGUACAGAAAGUAGAACCUUCAUGUAUUGACAGAGUCAAGUUUCGUCACAAGGUGGCACCAUCGUGCCUCGUGAGCUUCCUGUGUAUUUAUUGUGCUGAAUGACGGGGCACGUUGCUACUGCUCUUAUGUAUUUAUUUAUUUAUAUAUUUAUGCACAGUUUUAAUCUGCUUACUAACAAUUAUUUAAAUGAAGUGCAGUGAAUCUUAAAUAAAGCCUUUUUAAUAAUAAAGCCAUUUAAUUUGU